AUGUUUGCAGCCGGUCUUCUCGUCUUCCUGUCCACUUUUAUGCCUGAGCGCAUCGCGACGGUAGUUGUAUGCACUCUCCCGCUGGUGAUGCUAGCGGUGUGGCUCUUUAUGUUGCUCACGCAGGAGACAGAAGGCGACUUGCCGGUCACUCUCCCAGAGUGUCCGCUGCGAGUCAUCUCGCCCUUCUUUCGGCGACGAUUCGACUUCCUCCAACGAGGUUAUGUCUUGACCGGCGAGUCAAUUUACAAAUUUAAGCUGCUUCGGAACACUGUCGUUGCUGUCUCUGGCGCACCAGGACGGCGCGACUUCUUCUCAUCAAGGAACCUCGACCUUGGCGCUGGCUUCAAGGUUCUGUCUGGUACCAUACCGACGCUACCUGGGGUGACAUCCGAUCCGGAACCCAACAAGAUCGCAGCUAUUUUUAAACGUCUAGCGUCAACGCAAAACAGUGCAAACCUAGAGCGGUAUAGUGAUCCCAAAAAUUCUGGAGACGUCCGGCAGGUGAUGGAAACCUGGGGAGCGUCUGGUACGAUGUCGCCGUUCGUCGAGAUACCGAAGGUGUCAUUUCAGACUAACCUGCGCUGUCUAGCUCCAUCUGAGCUCGCCGACGAUCCCGUGGUAGCCGCGCGCCUCCGGUCGCUGUACGACGCGCUCGACAAAUCCACGACACCAAAAGCCCCUAGUGCCGUCAGGAAGAUCAUUUGUACGAAGAAGAUCCACGAUAUCAUCAACGGGGCCGUCGACGCACGGAUCAGGGGUCAUGUCCUGCCGCAGGACGAUGCUUUGCAACCAAUGCUCGACAAUGGGGAUGAUCGGACCUUCAUCAUGGGCCUCCUCGUUGCUGGUGCGCGGUCAACAGGGACAACAGCGUCAUGGCUGAUCACGUUUCUUGCCGGCCACCCGACCUGGAAAACAAAGGCCAUCUCGGAGAUCCAACAUCUCCUUGCGUCCUACGACGCGACCGCCGAAGCUCCGCACUUACACGGCACCGCUGGCAGCCACCCCACCCCAGCAACUCUAAAUCUCGCGUCUCUUCCUGGUGCCCUCUCCUCCAUCUCUCUUACCGCCUGGGAGUCGCAGAUGCCAACCCUCGACGCGAUCAUCCGGGAGACCCUGCGCCUUGCGCAGCCACACACCGCGCUCCGCCAAAACACGAGCACCUCGCCGGUCCUCAUCGCCGGCAAGGUCGUGCCCCCGGGUGCGUUCGCCGUGUACCCCUUCGCGGACGUGCACCUCAGCGCGGAGCUCUACCCCGACCCGUGGCGGUUCGAGCCGGGGCGGCCGCAGAGCAAGAUGCCGUUCGCGUGGAUCGGCUGGGGCGCAGGCGCAAGCGUGUGCCUCGGCCAGCGUCUCGCGCGCCUCCAGCUGAAGCUCGUGGCGGCGAUGGUGCUGAUGGGCUUUGAGAUUGACCUGGUGGGGGAGGGCAGGCGCGCCGGCUGGCGAGUGCGCAUUGCGGUAUAG